AUGCGUCUUCUGUCCAACGCGUCUGUCGGGACUUUUGUUGCGGCCUGUGCCGUGGCUGCGAAUGCGGAGUCUCUGGCCGAUGUCUGCACACUGUCCAAUGUCAAGUCUGUCCUGCCUUCCAACGGUACUCUGCUGGGUAUCAAUCUGAUCACAUCCGCUUCUACAACCGCUGUGGUCUAUAAUGCUACCGUUGGUGGUGGAAUGAGCAGCAGUGGCUCCAGCCAAACCUACGACUACUGCAAUGCCACGCUCACUUAUAUUCAUCCCGGCAAUCCUGACACUAACAUUAUUGUCAAAUACGCCUUCCCUGAGCCUGCAGACUUCAAAAACCGCUUCUACGUUGCUGGUGGUGGAGGAUAUUCGCUGAACACUGAUUCGACCGGUGGCCUUCCUUAUGGUGCUGCUGCUGGAGCCACGUCUGCAGGCUACGACGCCCUGAAUGGCGUUGGCUAUGAUGACGCUGUGCUCCUUGGCAAUGGCUCUAUCAACUGGGAUGCGACCUAUAUGUUCGCUUAUCAAGCCCUUGGCGAGAUGACCCAAAUUGGUAAGUAUGUCACCAAGGGUCUCUAUGGUCUUUCAACCAGCUCUAAGCUAUAUACCUACUACGAAGGAUGCUCCGAUGGCGGACGGGAGGGUAUGAGCCAGCAACAGGUCAAUCAUGUGUUCUCUGCCGAGGUUGAGAAAGUCCUGGGUUACUACCCUCCUCCCUGUGAGCUGGCUAAGAUCGUAAACGCCACUAUCAAAGCCUGCGACCCUCUCGAUGAUCGUACCGAUGGUGUGAUCUCUCGUACCGAUUUGUGUAUGUUAGAUUUUGAUCUAUCGUCUAUAAUCAGUGAGGAGUACUACUGUGCUGCCUCGACUACCUCUUCCGGAUCCCCUGGUGGCUCUUCUUCUAGUAGCUACCAGCCCGUUCAGAGCGGCAAAGUCUCGAAGGAAGGCGUUGCUGUUGCAAAGGCUAUCUAUGCCAGUCUUCACAACAGCAAAGGUCAGCGUGCCUACCUCUCGUGGCAGAUUGGCUCCCAGUUCGGCGACGCUGGCACCGAAUGGAAUAACAGCACCGAUGCCUGGGAACUAUCAAUUACAUCUACCGGUGGUGAAUGGGUCACAAAAUUUGUCGAGCUUCUGGACCUGGAUAACCUAUCAACCCUCGAUGGGGUCACCUAUGAUACUCUAGUGAGCUGGAUGGAGACUGGUUUCGUUCGCUUUUCGGACAGUCUGCAGACCACCGUCCCUGACUUGACCAAGUUUCAAUCCUCUGGCGGGAAACUCCUGCACUACCAUGGUGAAUCCGAUCCUAGCAUUCCCUCCGCUUCCUCGGUGCACUACUGGCAAUCAGUUCGCUCGGUUAUGUACCCCGAUGUGUCCAGCGAGGCGAGUCUGAAAGCGCUCCGAGACUGGUAUCAGUUUUAUCUGAUCCCCGGUGCCGCGCAUUGUGGAACCAACACCCUGCAGCCCGGUCCGUACCCGGAAGACAAUAUGGAGAUUAUGAUAGAUUGGGUUGAGAAUGGCGUUACACCCACGCGCCUCAAUGCCACUGUCUCUUCUGGAGACUACGAGGGGGAGACCCAGAUGCUGUGCCAGUGGCCUUCCCGUCCGCUAUGGCGUAACAAUGCCACCUUCGAUUGUGUCUAUGAUGAGAAGUCGAUAAAGACCUGGACUUACGAUUUCCCUGCUUUCAAGAUACCUGUGUACUAG